CCCGACAAAUCUGUUCGACUUGAUUGUUCUACGGCAAAAAAUGAAAUUGCGACCUACCAACUGACGGGUUAUGUACGCCGUAUUCGCCUCUUUUGGCAACUGUCUGGCACCUAUUUGCUGCCCCCACAGUCCACCUCGGCAAGAUCAUCGAAAAAUUCUAAAUCCAAGUCAGAGGUCUUCAGAAAUACAAGUCUGGUAGUCGGCUCGUCUAACACUACGGCAAACGAAACACAAUGGCCGGAUGCUCCGACAACUCCCGUACCAACCUAUCAGCUGUUACAUCCAGAUUUCGGUAUUCAGAUUCGUCUUACAUCUCGGAUGUUGUUUCAAGGCAAUUUCUCGACCGAGCGAAAGCGAGCAUUGUGUGAAUUCUUUUCCGGAUUUUGGUGUCCGAGUUCCCAGCUGAAUUCGACAACUCGGCCAACAGAAAACGAGGAUCUGGAAGCUUGUGUUCAGGCCUCAAUGCGAUGUGAUAAGCUUCCAGACUGCAAUCCUUCGGUCCCAAUCGAUCGAGGACAUAUGCUGUCGGCGGACGAACUAAAUUGUGACCUCAGUCCUUUCAAUUAUUCUACAGAAAGACAGGAAAAACUAAGCCCCAACAACUGGAGGAAGAGCACUGCUGAGAAACGACAGUCAGAGUGUUUUGUUGAUCAUAAAGCAACAAGCAAAUAUAUGUGGUCAGUUGGGCGUACGCGAGCAGACUUGGUGACGCGCCAGUCAGAUCGUGACCUUGACACUCAGGUUGAUCGACCGGACGACAGCUAUUUGAUUCGCCUUGGUCAUCCAAUCAGGAGUCGAUUCGGCUUGGGCGUCACGAGCGUACAUGUGGUGUGA